UUCAUUGAGGGAAACCUUACUUUUGAACUGUGCUAUGGAGUAGAAGCAGGAGGUUUUCAACCUAGUGACACUCACAGAGCAGCACCUACCCCCUCCUCCUUUCCACACCUGCAAACUCUUUUGCUUGGGCUGAAUAUUUAGUGUAAUUACAUCUCAGCUUUGAGGGCUCCUGUGGCAAAUUCCCGGAUUAAAAGGUUCCCUGGUUGUGAAAAUAUAUGAGAUAAAUCAUGAAGGCUACUAUCAUCUUUCUCCUGCUUGCACAAGUUACCUGGGCUGGACCGUUUGAACAGAGAGGCCUAUUUGACUUCAUGCUAGAAGAUGAGGCUUCUGGGUUAGACCCAGGAGACCCUAUUCUAGAGGUUCCCACAAUUCUUCCUAUGGGGCCAGUGUGUCCUUUCCGCUGUCAAUGCCAUCUUCGAGUUGUCCAGUGUUCUGAUUUGGGUCUGGACAAAGUGCCAAAAGAUCUCCCCCCUGACACAACACUGCUGGACCUACAAAACAACAAAAUAACAGAAAUCAAAGAUGGGGACUUUAAGAACCUGAAAAAUCUUCACGCAUUGAUCCUUGUUAAUAACAAAAUUAGCAAAAUCAGCCCUGGAGCAUUUGCACCUUUGGUGAAGUUGGAACGACUUUAUCUGUCCAAAAAUCAGCUGAAGGAAUUGCCAGAAAAAAUGCCCAAAACUCUGCAAGAGCUGCGUGCCCAUGAGAACGAGAUCACCAAAGUGCGAAAAGCUGUGUUCAAUGGAAUGAACCAGAUGAUUGUCAUAGAACUGGGUACUAAUCCGCUGAAAAGCUCAGGAAUUGAAAACGGAGCCUUCCAGGGAAUGAAGAAGCUUUCGUACAUCCGCAUUGCUGAUACCAAUAUAACCUCCAUUCCUCAAGGUCUUCCUCCUUCCCUUACUGAAUUACAUCUUGAUGGCAACAAAAUCAGCAGAGUUGAUGCAGCUAGCCUGAAAGGAAUGAACAAUUUGGCUAAGUUAGGACUCAGUUACAACAGCAUCUCUGUUGUCGACAAUGGCACCCUGGCCAACACACCUCAUCUGAGGGAGAUUCACCUGGACAACAACAAGCUUACCAAAGUACCCCCUGGGUUGGCAGAGCACAAGUACAUCCAGGUUGUCUACCUUCAUAACAACAAUAUCUCUGUAGUUGGAGCAAAUGACUUCUGCCCACCUGGAUACAACACCAAAAAGGCUUCUUAUUCAGGUAUAAGCCUUUUUAGCAACCCUGUCCACUACUGGGAUAUCCUGCCACCCACCUUCCGAUGUGUCUAUGUGCGCGCUGCCAUUCAGCUCGGAAACUACAAGUAACUCCCAAGAAAGCCCUCAUUUCUAUAAUCUGGAAAGAUCUUGUUAAUGUCAUUGCUAAAAAGAAAAAGAGAAUGAAAGCUAGAUACUGGAAACCUAACUGCAAUGUGGAUGUUUUUCCCACAUGACUUAUGCAUAAAGCCAAAUAUGCAGUUUAAAUAAUUUCCUAUAAUAAAAAAGAUAUUUUGCCUGCCAUUUUCAGAAUCCUUUUUUGAAGCUUAUUUUUUGAUGUUAACUGAGGUACUACAGAUAUUCUUAUUUUAUCAAAUGUAAAAUUUCAAGUUAAAAUAUAUGUGAACAAUUUAGUAGAGCUUUUCUUUUUUAAUUUUCAGAGGGAAUUAAACAAAAGGGGCAUCAAUUUUCUGUAAUUCAUAAGGCAGUUAGCUCAUUUGACAGAAAGUUCAAUGCCAAAUGCUAGCUCUGUAUUAAUCCCCAUUAUCACUGGUAAAGGCUCAUUUGAAUGUGUGAACUCAAUACAGGCUAUGUAAAAUU